UUGCUGCCGCCGCUGCUUCAGUAGUGAGGGCUGUGAAUUUGCCACGUUGCUGUUGAUGCGGAGAAGCGAGUAGCGGAGCGGCAGCCGGUGGAGGAGGAGGUGGAAGAAGAGGGAAAUGUAGCGUCCAGACAAAGAGAGCAGCUGUAUGAAGACUUCCAGAACUUGAAACUAAUACUCGGUGUGUCGGAGAGAGACCCCCUAAAACCCAGCCAGCAUGCUGACCGAUAUGAUAGUGGAGGAGGGAUUUGAACACAAUGAAGAGGAGCUGUGGUACAGCAGGAAGGACCUGGAGCAGGAUUUACAUUUGGCCGCACAGCUGGGCAAGACACUCCUGGACCGGAACCAUGAGCUUGAACAGGGCCUUCAGCAGAUGUACUCCACCAACCAGGAGCAGCUGCAGGAGAUCGAGUACCUGACCAAGCAGGUGGAGCUCCUCAGGCAGAUGAAUGACCAGCAUGCCAAAGUUUACGAGCAGCUAGAUGUGGCAGCGCGAGAGCUGGAGAAGAGUAACCAUACCCUGGUGCUGGACAACCGCACUGCCCAGGGAAAGAUCCAGAGCCUGACUGAGACCAUUGACAGCCUACAGGUUCACAUGGAGGGUCUGCAGAAGCAGGUAGAUGAGCUAAAGCUGGCGCAGUGCGAGCGGUCCAGGAAGGAACGUGUCGAUGCACGCAGAGGCCUGGCAGCCCAGAGCGUCUCCUGCCUGAAGGAGCUCUACGAUCUGCACCAGGACAUGCGCUUGAGCUCAGAGAGCCUGAGCUCAGAGCGCUCCUGGCAGGGUCUGGAGAUCAGGCAGAUGGUGGAAGAGGAGAACGAGUCUCUCCAGAGUGCUUUGCAGACCCUGCAGGCUCAGCUGGUGACGGAGCGUGAGCGGCGGGAGGCAGCGGAGCGGGUGGCCGAGCUCACGGAGCGAGAGAACAGGGUGCUGGAGGAGCGGGCCAUUCUUCUGGAGGGGGCACGACGGCGGCAGGCUGAACUGGAGGCUGAGGUGGAGGAACUGCGGCAGCUGUGGCGCUCGGAAGCCCCCACUACCAGACCCCCGGAUGCACUGCUGCCAGACAGCAUCUUCUUCCCUUCAGAGGAGAAGGCGGGACAGGGGGAGGAGGAGAAGGAGGAAGAGGAGACGCAGGUCCAGGAGAGAAGACGCUGUAGCAGCGAAAGCCAUAUUAGAGGCACGUGGGCCGAGGAACUACGGCGGGGGCAUGAUCGCACGUGUGUGCGGCGCACUGAGGGUCACUCGCAGGCAGUGAGGCAGCGCGGGAUCUCUCUGCUGAACGAAGUGGACGCUCAGUACAGUGCCCUGCAGAUCAAGUACGAGGAGCUGUUGCGUCGCUGUCAGCGCGGAUCCGACGGACUCAGCCACAAGGCCGUCCAGACCCCCGCCUCACGCCGAUCCAGCUCUGUGGCAACUGCAACCACGACCGAGGCCGCGUCCACGUCAUCGGAAACGGGCCCCUCUGUGGUUGACCUGCAUCAGCCAGAGUACAAGGCCCUCUUUAAGGAGAUCUUCACCUGUAUCCAGAAAACCAAAGCAGACCUGAGUGAGAACAGGGCCACGCCGAGUCAGGAGCAGUAGUGGAAGCCCUCCAUUACUGUUGCUGCUGUUGUAGAUAGCAUUAUCCUUAGCAGUAUUCUUACUUACACCCCUGUUGUUGGCGGGGUAGGGGGUUGUUGCACUUCUCGUACCUCGCUUUGUGUAAAUUGGGUGACGUAGAUGUUGAGCUGGAGCUGGGGCUGGAGCUGGAGAACGCUGGUCUUUUGAGACGUCCUUAGGGUUUUUAGGUGCUGUGGUGGUUCUUGUUUGCACUUUUAACACCUGUUCCUGGAUAUAUCGUUAUAUAUGUACCGUCCAUGCUCAGAACUGAGCACCUUUGGGUUACCAACAGGCUAGUAUUUUCUACACAAGCCUUUUUGACUCAUGUACAUGUAGCCAUAUGGGCCUCUCUGAGAUUAGCCAUGCAUGAGAGCGACACCUGAUUGUAGCCCUGCUUUAAUCUGCUGCUCUUUUUUUUUAUAUCAGUCUGGCCUGUACCUACCUUAGUUUGUAGUUUGUAAUGAAAAGAUAACCAAUAUAAUGACGUUGUUGUAAUUAGAAACUAACAGGGUUCUUAGCAGUUCGUUAGAGCUGUAGAUUGUAUGCAAGAUUGCAAGAUUGAGAAUGCCUGAAAUGAAAAGAAAUCAGUGUUCCUUGUAGCCAAAUAUUGACUCAACCAGCAUUCAGGGAUCACACUAGCUUUGGUGAACGAAAACCAAAGCCCAUUUAAUCAAAUUAGAUUUGUGAGAUGCUACCUUGCUUGUGUUGUAAACUGUAGGGCUUUAAAGGAGAACUCUGGUGUAAAAUGGACUGGACUAAUGUAUUAAAACGUGUGCGCCUGCAGAUAAAUCUUUUUUUCCACUGUUUUUUAGGGACUUAGCAGCUCCACACUUUAUUAGUAGAAUCUGAAGAGCCCUGCUAUUUAAAACAAGGCAUUUAGAAAUUUAAAAGUGCACAAGAAGCUUAUUAAAAGCCACUGUUAACAUCCCAUAGCGCCAUCACCUUAAAUUUAAGUCACAAUAAAUAAUCAACCGUUGAGCAUGAAUAGUAAAAUAAUGAAAGUAUAUUUUCAGAAACAGCUGGAAUUCAUGCAUUUCCAAGGAAUUAAUUUUACAAUCUGCUCAACUACCUUACGUAUUCAUUCGUGCUCAACGGAUGAAUUAUUUUUAUUUAAGUUUAAGAUGGAUAGGAUGUAAAUAGUGGCUUUUAAUAAACUUCUUGUGCAGUUUUAAAGGUCUAAAUGCCUCAUUUGAAAUGUCAGGGCUCUCCAGAUUCUACCAAUAAAGUGUGGAGCUACUUUGAGCCUGGAUAACGAUGGAAAAGGCAAUUCAUCUGCAGGCGCAAGACAUGCCCCAUCUCACUCAUUUUUAAAAAGCUUGUUUGGUCAAAGUGCACAAAGUUUCUUUUUUUUAUCUUGUUUUAAUACACCCAUAGUUUAAUUCACACCAGAGUUCUCCUUUAAGCUUAUCUCAUCAGUGCUCGAUGUGCUAAUAGACUGAAUAGAAUAGAAUGGCCGGACUGAACUAGGGCUAAAUUUUAAUAGAGUAUAAUACCAGUAGUUAGUUUAGAGCGAGUUGUAGCUCACAGUGAGGAGAGUGUGAUGCUGCUGCACUGUUGAUGCUGCAACACUCUGCUCUGCACUUUAUGCAGAUUUUUUUUGGUCAGUUUGUUUGGUCUUUUUUGGUUUUUGUUUUUGUUUUGUAUUUAUUUUGUUUUUGUUGUUUUUUUCACAUUGGUGUAGAUGAGAGAUUUAUUUAUUUUCUUAUUUUUGCAUUCGUCGCUCACUGUUCACUGUAUUUAUGUUCGGAUUUUUAUUUUUUUGUUGAAAUGUAGCGAAACUGCGCGGCUGCUGCAUUACAGAGUCUGAAAUAACACUGAAAUGUAAUCCAUUGCGAUACAAAGAGAUAUGUAUAUAUAUAAAAAUAGAUUUAUUCAAAUGUGCAUUAACUAAUAGUAGUUUAUCCUGGCCGGUGUGACAAAUCAUGUUUUUUUGUACAAAUUAUAACAAGAAGACUAAUGCUAAUAGCUAAUUAUCUUACUGCUAAUUACCACAUCGCUAAAUGUAAAUGUUUUUCUAAAAGUCCAGGCUAAAUCUUAAUCUCAGCCUUUAACAAGCUAUACAUUGAUCUAAUGAUCUGAUUGGGCAGCUGGAAUACUUUUGGUAAUGGUUGUAACUUGGUGUAAAUGCUGAAUUUCAUAAGAUAAAGCAAUUUAGACUUUAAAUAACUAAAGCCAGGUCUUAUUAUGUUCUAAAUCCAUACCUUUUCCGGCUGUGGUGGGUGGAUAUUGCUGCAAUAUAAUGUUUUAGGGUGUGGUGUAUGGUGCACAAUUAAAACUGGCGGUCGCCAGUGAUUUGAGAGCUAAAUCGAUAAAUGUGAAAACUGGAUCUAAUCUGGGAGUUCAAGGAAAAAUGAAUGUUAAAAGACUGAAAAAACAGAAAGUUAGCCUGUCUGUAUAAAUAUACUGUUUCAUAGAAACAGUUCCUGGGUUGGACACCUAAAAAAAAAUAAAUAAAUAAAAAAAAGAAUCCCCAUUGAAGCUAAUGAGAAACUGUUGUGUUCUUUUGAAUAGAAUUCCUGCAUAAUGUUGUGGAGUUUUCAGAUUCCAAAUAAAUAUAUAUUAAUCAUUAUAUUGAUAUAUUGGUAUCACACAAACAGCUUUUACGUUUUGUAAUAAAAAAAUAAUUAACACUUGGGACUAAAAUACGAAUGAAGCUAUUUAAGUGCUACGGUUUCUCAUAAAGUGGAAUGGGAUUCUGUAUUGAAUUAUUAAAGGCCAUAAACAGCACGGAGAAUGUGUAUGCUUUUUUCCCUUUAGUACGUUUCUAGCAGCAGUCAACUUCUGUACAUUUAUGAAAAAUUAAGCUUUGGAAUUUAUGGAAUUUAUAUAUCUGAAAAUAUAUCUUAUCACAAAGAAUGACAAUUGAAUACUUGAAUGUAACUAUUCCUUAUUGACUAAAAAUUUUAAUGUGAGGAAACUUUUCACAAAUUGUACCUUAUAAUUGCGAGUGCGAUUGAAACGUUGCUGUUGGAAACAAUAAUGAAGGAAAAACAAGUUGUUUGUUUUUGUUAACACUGGGGGGGUGAAGAAUAAUUGAAAAACAUCAUAUACAGCUCUGGAAAAAAUUAAGAGACCACUUCAGUUUCUGAAUCAUUUUCUCUGAUUUUGCAAUUUAUAGGUUUAUAUUUGAGUAAAAUGAACAUUGUUGUUUUAUUCUAUAAACUAUGGUUAACAUUUCUCCCAAAUUCCAAAUAAAAAAAGUUGUCAUUUACAGCUUUUAUUUGCAGAAAAUAAGAAAUGGAUAAAAUAAAAAAAUCAAAAAACAAUAUUUAGUGGUUGGAUUAAAGUGGUUUUCAAUCACAGUUUUCAUGCAUCUUGGCAUGUUCUCCUCCACCAGUCUUACACACGCUUUUGAAUAACUUUAUGCCUUUACUCCUGGUGCAAAAUUUCAAGCAGUUCAGUUUGGUUUGAUGGCUUGUGAUCAUCCAUCUUCCUCUUGAUUAUAUUCCAGAGGUUUUCAAAAUGGUGAAAUCAAAGAAACUCAUUAUUUUUAAGUGGUCUCUUAUUUUUAUUUUUAUUUUCAGAGAUGUAUCUGUCUAAGUGAAGAAGGGUGUGCUGUGUUUGUGGGCGGGGCUUGGACAGGUCACUGUUUUUGUGUCGUUCAGCAGUUUGGUUCAGCUGGUGUUUUAGAGAAGGCUGAAGAAGACGCAGUGAGCAGAAUAGUGAAUUAUCUGAGGGAAAAUGGGUGGAUUGAAAGUUGUGAUGGGUUGAGUCACACCCGCAGAUUCACGCUGGGUGUUUGGCAUUCCUUGUUUUCAAUGCGUCUUUUUAUACUUGGGCAGAGUGUCUGUGUCCGAGUUGUAGGCUGUAGGCUAGUGGUGAAACGAUCUGUUUAAAGGACUGGGAUGAUGUUUAUUCAGGACACACAUAACCUCAGAGUCCUCCUUCUCAGCCACGUCCGACAUUCCUGGGAAUCCUUCAGGCUUCACUUCCUGUGGCGCGAUUGGAACGUCACACGGGAGGACGUUACACAGGUUCUGCGGUUCCAAGUUAAAGGCAAUAAGAAUUUAAGAUUGGAUGUAGAUGUACAGUGUUUUUCAGUCUCAUACAGUCUUUUGGUCUUUUGGAAACUAUUUUGAUUCAGGAAAAAAUUGGAAGAAGAAUAAAAAAUAUAAAAUAAAUCUAAAAAUGUGAAAAAAAAAAAGUUUUGACAUGUAAUGCUUUUGUAUGUAAAGUGUUCAUUUACAAAACUGCAAAACUGUUGCUACUUCUCUCAGUCCGUCCCUGGUCACAUUUGUCCAUUCAUUUUUGACCACUUAUCCUGUAUUUCUUAUUUUUUAUUUUUUAAGUCUUAAAAGACUGUAAAGCUUGUUGUUUUGGACACUUUUAUUAAUGUUAUUUAAAACGGUUGUGUUAUUUAAAACUCUAACUGCAUAAACUGCUCCAUGGUGCUGAUUUAUAGAGACUCUUUGUAGUUCAAUGCCAUAGAAAUGCCUUCUAACAAAUCUCUCCAGCAUGAGUGAACUAGCAUACUAACUGCAAUGGCAUGAGUGAAGACUAACUAACACCUGCUUAGGGUUUAAAAUAGCCAAUAAUAAUAAAAAUAAAAUAUUUGCAACAAUC